AUGAAUAGAAGAGAAAUAGUAGAAAAUGAAUUGAUAUCAAUUAAGGAUAACAGCAAAAAAUAUCCUUAAUUGUGUAAAGUAUUUCACACUAAUCUAUAUUUUUAAAGGUGUUGGAAUCAAAUUUGUUAGAAUUAGAUGGUCAUUCUUUAUUAUAGCAAUUAUUACCUUUAAUUGUCAGUUCAAAAAAUAUUAAAUUAAUUUAAUAAGGAAUAGGAUUAAUCCAAAAAUUGCAGUAUUUGGCAUCAUUAAAUACAGUAUGAUUUACCUAUCAUUAGAAUGAUCUUGAUAUCAUAAUUGAAUAUUUUAAUAUUUCAAAAUAACAGCAGGAUGAAACAAUUGACAUAAGGUUAGUGUCAACUUUAAUUCACAUAAUUGGUCCUGAUAUCAUCGAUUUUUAAAAUUCAAAUCAAAUACUUAAGGUCUUAGAUAUGUUAAUUUACUUUUCCUCUUCCAACAACCCAAUAAUAGCCUAAUCAUCAAUAUAAGGUAUUCUUACACUUAGCAAUGUGUUGGAGGAACUACUAUAGAACUAAUAGAAUAAUAAUGCAGUAUUGCAAUCCUAUUUUGAAUUAUUAGAAUUAUUUUUUAACAUAUUUCAAGAUAAGGAGCAAUCAUUUAUUUAUGUAUCAAACAACUUAAUAUUAUGUAUUUAUCUUAUCUCAUUUCAAUCACCUUAGGCAAAGACAUUUUCAUCAUAAUUCUGAAAUGCGGAAAAUAUUUACAGCAUAUCAAGCAAUUUCAUACUUUUUAUCAUGAAACAUUAUAUACGUACUUAAAAAGUAUUGAUUUAGUUUAGGAGUCAAACAUAAUGAAUAGUAAGAAUGUUAAUGAUAUUAGAAAUUAACACAAUUCGAUUAAUAUUCAAUUAUAUUCAAAUAAUGGAAGACAAAUUUGAUUUAAUUGCUCAGUUGAUGACUACAUAUAGCAAAUUACAAGCACAAGAUUAAAGUAAGAUAGCAAUUCAUGACGGUAUUUUAUGUCUCUAUUCAAAUUUAACAAUAUUCAAAAAUCUAUUAAUAAGACAACCAUCUGGUAAUAAUUUCAAUGGUAUUUAUUAUCAUUUAUUCAUAAUUAGAUUACAACGAUUUAAUAUUGAAAUCCCUAUAUUAAUAUAGCCUUUUUGGAAUAAAAGAAUUUUUCACUCAGUAAUCUCCAAAGUAAAAUAUAUUAAUAAACAAAUUAACGGCAUCUUAUAUUGAAUGCAAUCUAUAAAUGCUUCCAAAUAUUUUUGUCUAAUAAAUAAGUAAUACAAAAUAUAUUAUAAGUUAGAAACUUUAAUUUAGAUAAUUACUGAGAAUAUAUAAAAGUUUCUUUAAUUAGAUGAAUUUCAAAAUGAAGGUUGCGGUUUAUUAUAAGAAAUAAAAAACUAUAGUAGACUUAUGCAAUCUCAAGUAUUUAACUGCGAAAAUGAAGAUUAAAUGGCAGAAGUUUAAGAAACCGAAAGCGAUGAUAUAAGAUUUAAGACCUUUUUUGAUAAAUUAUGGCGACCUCUUCUAAAAAUAAUGAAACAGAUUCUUAAAAUAGCUAAUAAUUAACAAUAUACUAAUUUAUUAGAAUAUUUAUAAUCUUGGAUUUAGUUUAGUUUAGAGCAGGAUUAAACUAACACAUUUUAAUUGCUUAUCAGAUUUUUGGCUGCUUAAUCUGCUCCAUUAUCUUUAAAAUAUAAUGAGACUGAUAAAUGGUUAAUCGCAUGCAAAGUAUUUGAAGAAAUUCUUUACAAUAAUGUAAAUUUAUUAACAGCGAAAACCUGGAAUCUUAUUUUCAAAACCUUAUAAAGAAUAGAAUAAGUUGUUACUAAGUCAACAUCAAUAAAGAUGACUACUGAGAUUUUUAAUCGUAGUUCUUAAUAUCAAGAUACAACUGUAUUUUAAAUGGUAGACGGGUUAAAUUAGUUAGCACUUUAAGUAUCAGAAAGACUUCAAAUUAGUCAGAAGAAAACUUUCGAUUCAAUUUACAAGUCCUUUGCAAUUGAUAAACUAUUGCUCAUUAUAAAUAAUAAUUGGUAAAGAAUACAUUAGUUGUGGACUAUAAUAGAUGCUUUAUAUUUCUGUCUCUGUAGUUCCAAGGUGAUGGAAAUGCGUCUUAAUGCUAUUCAUAAAUAUAGAGAUACCAUAAUUUCAGGUAUUGAACAUAAUUAAAAUAAUAAAUGGAAAUGGGGAGACAAAUGGAUAUAAUAUUUGUUAAAUCCAUUAUCUGAAUUAAUAAUGUUGCCAUAUGAGGAUCUUAAGGAUAAUAUUUUAUAAAUAAUAUCAAAUCUAAUUCAUGAACAUCACAAACAUUUGCCCUCAGAAGCUUUUCAAAUUUUUGUUCAAUUAAUUGAGGUUUUAUUAAAUGAUUUUUUUAGCAAAGAAGGCAUUCAGCAAGAAUUAAGUUAAUAAGAGCAGAAAUAAUUAAUUUUCAGAACUUAAUUAUCCAUCUAAUGCAUGUUUGAAAUAAUAUCCACUCAUAUUGAAGGUUUGGAUAAUACAUCAAUAUGUAAAUUAGCCUCAAUGUUGAUUUCAUUAAAUAAAGAAAGUCAUUGUAAAAAUUAUAUACAAUUAUAAUAGUCAAUUUUGAAACUACAAAUAAAAUCAUAUAUAUGACUUGGCAAAUUCAAGAGAGGCUUGUAAAAUUAAAAAUCACAGAUUAUGAGUUCUGGUAGAUUUCUAUGAAGCUAUUUAAAAACUGUUUAGAUAAUCAAGACGAUCUAAAAUAUGCAUCAAUUAAUAUAUCAAGUUAAAUCUGCUGUAUAGCUUAGGAUUCUUAAUUUACAGAGAUGUUUUAAAUUCUAGAAGAAUUAAUUUAAUACUCAAUGGAAUAUUUUCUAAAAGUUGAAUAACACUAACUCUUGUUCAUUUAAUAGACUCCUAGGUUUCUAACAUUGCCUAUGGAGACUCCUAAGUUCUCAGGAUCAAUUAAGUAAAUGGUUUUCGAUAAAUCCACAUCCUUAUAAUUAUUUAAACAGUAAUUUGAAUUAGUAAAGUUGUGUAUCUCAAAAAUGAUAGAUGUGAUUAUUCAUAAAUCAUUAUAUCCUAAAUUCUACUAUUAUUUGCAAUUAUUUAAUCAGGCAUAAUGUGUGUAUGUAAAGCAUGAAAUAGCAUUGGCAUGUUAAAGGAUAAUAAAGUCAAAUUCAGAUAAGUAGCUAAUAAUAGGUGCUAUUGAUUUCUUGAUUACUCUAAUUAACAACGAAUAAACUUUGGAUAUGGAGGAUAUUUAAUUUUAUAUAGAGAAUAAAACCUUCUAAGUUUUUUGUGAUGUAAUUAAAUUGACAAUAACUAUAAACCAUAAGAAAGGUUUGAAUGCUUUAUAGUUGCUGUUCAAUUUUUUAUGUCAAGAUCAAAUAAUUCUACUUUUGAAUGAUGAUAACAAUGUCUUCAAAUACUAUCACAAAUCAUGUUUAUAAUUUGAUGUGCUCGAAGAAGAAAUAAUAGCAGAGUGGUUUCACUUUAUAAAUUAAUAAAUCUCCUAAUUAAGUAUCAAUACAAAGUAUCACUUCUUUAUUGAGUUUCUAAUAAAUAGUUUCGAAGCCCUAAUUAGUAAUAUACAAUUAAAUAGAAAUGACUUAGAUGAAAUCAAUAAAUUUAUAGGUGUUCUAACUGAUUUUUUAAGUGUAAAUAUUAAUAUAUUUGAUAGAAAUGCUAGUUAUUGAUUAAUGACAAUUCUGAAAAACUGCAAUUAAUUUUAUUUACAUCUCUAAAAAAUAUUAUAAUUAGAAUGAUACCAUUUUUAGAUUACAAUUAAAUUGAAUAGUUAUUUGAACCUCUUAUUGAAUCAUAAUUAGCAAGUAUAAUAUAUAAAAAAUUAUAGUUUCAAAAUAAAGAACAUAGGAUUGGGUCUCCUUUUUUGUAAAUGAUGCGUAAUCUUUUUUAAAUAGCGAAUAAUAAGAUGUUGUUGUUUAAUUGUUUACUAAUUAUUACAUCAAUAAGUUAAAAAUUUCAGAUCCAGAAUCACAAUAAACGAUUAUAAUUAGUUUAGUGGCAUUUCUAGAGAAGGAUAAUCCGAUAGUAGAAAAAUUUUCAUCGUCUAUUCGAGUUUCUCUUUUAAAUAGCAUCCAUUAAAAUUUUUAAUUAUUCUUGAACGAAGAAACUACUUCCUUGGAGAAAUAAUUGAAUAUUUAAUCUAUGUUAGAUUUUCUGAGUAGAUUAGAGAAAAAUGAUUUAUAAGAAUUUUAUCUGACAUUUGUAAAGAUGAUAAAAUGUGAAUCAUUAGAAAUUAGAACAAAACUUAUUACAAUUCUUAGUAAAUAUGUUUGA